AUGGCGGCGCCCGUGAGUAAAAGCGGCGGAGUGCUCGUGCAAUACGUGGUAGUUAGAAGCGAUCUGAUCACGGAACUCUCCUGGCCCUUCGGUGCUGUAAUAGCGCAGGCGUGUCAUGCUUGCACCGCGGCCCUGCACCUCUUUGGAAACGACCCGAACACCAUCGCUUAUACGGAAAACCUGGACGGCAUGCACAAGGUGGUACUGGCGGCCCCGACCGACUCCAAGCUGCUCGCUCUAUCUCAAGCGCUGCAGGCAGCCAGCAUAGAUCACAAACUGUGGACCGAGCAGCCAGAGAACAUCCCCACCUGUCUCGCGACCAAACCGUAUGCCAAAGCCGAUGUUCAGAGUUUCUUCAAGGACUUUAAGCUGUUCAAGUAG